UUGUGCAGUUUUUCUCAAAAAAAAUAAAAAAUGCAAAGAGUUAGGGUAUCAUCACAUCAAGCUCCAGUGCAAAGGCUAGGAGAUUCACAAAUGACAUUGUCUCCAAAGUUUAGGCUAGCUGCAAAGCAAUCUGAUUUACUUGAUCCUUCAUUUGACUUAGAAAUGUGGCGAAAGGGAGAACCCUUAAUUCCUGGACUUCCAGAUGAUGUUGCUCUCAACUGUCUCCUUAGGAUACCUGUUGAUGACCAUAUGAACUGCAGGGUUGUAUGUAAGCGAUGGUAUUCGCUCUUUGCUACGAAAGAUAGAUUCUUUUCUCGAAGGAAGGAGCUUGGGUUUCAUGAUCCUUGGCUUUUUGUCUUUGCCUUUCAUAAAACUAGUGGGAAAAUUCAGUGGAAAGUUUUUGAUCUAAAAAACUCUUCUUGGCAUACUAUCCCUGCGAUGCCGUGCAAGGAAAAAGUGUGCCCCCAUGGAUUUAGGUGUAUCUGCUUUCCCCAUGAUGGUGUUCUCUAUGUUUGUGGUGGGGUUGCCUCUGAUGUUGAUUGUCCCCUUAAUUUGGUGGUUAAGUAUGAAGUUCGGAGAAACCGUUGGACUGUUAUGAAGAAGAUGAUCACAGCUAGGUCCUUUUUUGCCAGUGGAGUUAUUGAUGGGAUGAUUUAUGUUGCUGGAGGAAACAGCACACAUCUUUUUGAGCUGGACUCUGCUGAAGUCUUGGAUCCUAAUGAAGGAAUUUGGUGCCCUGUUGCAAAUAUGGGAACAAAUAUGGCCUCAUAUGACUCUGCAGUUCUUAAUGGGAAGCUUCUAGUAACUGAAGGCUGGUUUUGGCCAUUUUAUGUUGUGCCUAGGGGCCAGAUUUAUGACCCUCAAACGGGUAAUUGGGAGAACAUGGCUUCUGGACUUCGAGAAGGUUGGACUGGUUCUAGUGUUGUGCUAUAUGGGCAAUUGUUUGUAGUUUCCGAACACGAACGCACAAAACUUAAGGUUUAUGAUCCGGAAACUGAUUCCUGGGACACUGUUGAAGGACUUCCACUGCCAGAGCAGAUAUGUAAACCUUUCUCUGUAGAUUGCUGUGACAACCGGAUUGUUGUCGUAGGCCGAAAUCUUCAUGUUGCUGUAGGACAUAUCAAGAGCCUGCAGCCAUCUAGCAAACGUUGCUCAUUUGCUGUUUACUGGCAAGUGGUAGAUGCUCCUGCAUCCCUCUCUGACUUCACGCCGUCUAGUGCACAGGUUCUAUUUGCUUAGCUUCUUAGUUUUCAUCGCAACUACAUGGAAUCGCCAAAACUGUGUGAAAUACCUAAUGAAAUCUUAUGUAUUUCCAACAAGGUUUAGUUACUUUUUUUUGUGGAUUUUCCUCAGUUUCUACUGUAUUUAGCUCUAAUAUAGAUUUAGCUUUCCCGGUUCUUAUAAUGUAGUUGUUGAUUUAUGCUAUAUUUGAAAGCUCAACCGGCUGGAAGUAGCGAUUAAAUGAUAUGUAGUUGAGAUAAAUUGAUGAAAUUACUGGGUUGUGGUAGUGUAAUAGUUGAUAUACUUUAACAAAGCACAUUUGUGUAUUGAUCUAUAUAUGUAUUUUACUUCUCUAUA